UCUAAGUGUAUGGAUAAAUACCCUUCAGGUAACCCUUACACUUCCCACAAAAGUUUAGCGUGAGUAAAGUAAAGCUUAGUCUGCGGUCUGAUAGUUGUGUCCUGACGUGCACGGCAUCCUGAUCAAUCUAACGAGCGAGUUAACAAGGGUGGUCGAUCAGCUCCGUGCUUUGCUUCGUGGCGGCAUUCUUAAAUUCCCUGCCACAGAAUCUGAGAAACAGCUACAUACCAAAGCCAUUCAAAUGAUGGAGAAGUUAGAGAUAGCAGGCGGUAGUAGUAGCCCCGGCUUCGUACUGCCAGGAAACCAUUCCACAAUAGCUGCAGCUCUCUAUGACGCAGCAAUUGCGGGUUCAGUUGCCGCCCUAGACGAUUUGCUCAAACAAUAUGGGAAGGUAAUACUCCAUCGAGUUUCACUUACAUCAUUUGCAGAAACUCCCCUGCACUUGGCGGCUCUUAUGGGCCACCUCAACUUCUCGAAACGGCUCCUCAAGCUCAGACCCGAGCUUGCCACAGAGCAGGACUCGGAGAAAUGCACCCCUCUCCACUUGGCAGCAGCAAAUGGCCACGACCAGAUCGUAAAGGAGCUGCUGAAAGCAAAUGGAAAGGCCUCUCUCAUCCAAGACCAAGAGGGAAGGGUCCCGCUCCACUUAGCAGCCAUGAGAGGGCGAAUCCCAGUGGUCCAGGAGCUCUUGAAGUCGGAGCUUGCGCGGGAGUCUGUGAAGAAGAAGGUCGAUGAUGGAGAUAGCGUUCUCCACCUGUGCGUGAAGUACAACCAUUUGGAGGUCCUCAAACUCGUGCUGGGUUCGACCAGUGAUGAUGGGGAGGUCCUGAAGAUGACCGAUUCCCAUGGCAACACUGUCUUGCACUUAGCUGUGAUGCUGAAUCAGAUAGAGAUGGUGAGUUUCUUGCACGAGUUACCGAGAGUUAGGACAGAGGAUGUACUAAACCCCUCCCCCAAAAACUUCAAGAGCCUGGAGAUUCGGGAAAUCCUAGCUGCUGCAGGAGCCGGAGCGGGAGCGGUACAAGUGCCUGCGGAGGCACGUUGCCCGGUCCCCAAGUCACGAAAGGCACGGGUGUGGCACUUUGUUAAUUCGAUCAUGGAAUACCGCGGGAACUGGAUGAAUGAGCAAAAGGGGUCCCUGAUGAUGGUGUCCAGCAUCAUCGCAACCUGCACUUUCCAGGCAGCGAUUGCACCCCCGGGCGGUGUAUGGCAGAACGACACCACUAUGGACAUGAAGGGUUACUGCAAAAACAGCACAGACUCAAUGUGUUCUGCCGGGAAGGCGGUACUUUCUUACUACUACCCUGGCGAGUACUACGAAUUCAUGAAGUACAACAUGGUCUCAUUCCUCGGGUCACUUGUGGUCUUGUUCCUGGUCAUUAGCGGGUUCCCGCUGAGCCACAAAUUCUGCCUAUGGCUCUUGUGUCUAGUCAUGAGUGGAACAGUCACCUGCCUUGGCUUCACCUUCUUCAAAGCCAUGUGGCUGGUGGUCCCCAGUCACAUGACAAACCAUUAUGACGAGCUCAAGAAUGGUCUAUACAUCGUGUGGGCAGUGACUGCAUGUAUUGUCGGGCUCUUCCUUUUGGUCCGCAUGUGUUUCUGGCUGAAACGCUUUGUGCCCAAAGGUGCUUGGUUUACAACGUUGAAACUCGAUCGAGCUGAUUCCAGCGGCCAUGCUAGGAAGCCAGAACCAUUAUGUUAGGAGUGGAGUAUCUGCAGAUGAGUAUCUACAAUGGAAAUAUAAGAGUGCGUUUGGUUUCAGAGUUAAAGAGGCUGUUUGAAUUCAGAGUUAAAGUUACUUUGAUUUUGAUUUUGAUUUUGAUUUUGAUUGUGGAA